CCGCCCGCCGUGGCCGCCUCAGCCCAUCAGCCGGGACAGUAAACCAUGCUGCCCGCCGCCCGCCUCCAGAGUUGUUAGAGACAGACUGCGAACUCUCGAACUCUCGCCACUGCCGCCACCGCCGCGUCCGGUCCCACCGUCGCGGGCAGCAGCCAAAGUCGCCACAACUGCGGCAUAGAACCGGCAAGGCCAGGCAGGCCAUGGGGCGCUGGGCGCUGCUGCCCAGCUGGGUUUCUGCUACGUUGCUACUAGCGCUGGCCGCUCUGCCCGCAGCUCUGGCCGCCAACAGCAGUGGCCGAUGGUGGGGCAUCGUGAAUGUAGCCUCCUCCACGAACCUGCUAACUGACUCCAAGAGUCUACAGCUAGUGCUGGAGCCCAGUCUGCAGCUGCUGAGCCGCAAGCAGCGGCGGCUGAUCCGCCAAAACCCGGGGAUCCUGCACAGCGUGAGCGGUGGACUGCAGAGCGCCGUGCGCGAGUGCAAGUGGCAAUUCCGGAACCGCCGCUGGAACUGCCCCACUGCUCCAGGGCCCCACCUCUUCGGCAAGAUCGUCAACCGAGGCUGUCGGGAAACAGCAUUCAUCUUCGCUAUCACCUCCGCCGGGGUCACCCAUUCUGUGGCGCGCUCCUGCUCCGAGGGCUCGAUCGAGUCCUGCACGUGCGACUACCGACGGCGCGGCCCUGGGGGCCCGGAUUGGCACUGGGGGGGCUGUAGCGACAACAUCGACUUCGGCCGCCUCUUCGGCCGGGAGUUCGUGGACUCCGGGGAGAAGGGACGGGACCUGCGCUUUCUAAUGAACCUUCACAACAACGAAGCGGGGCGCACGACCGUGUUCUCCGAGAUGCGCCAGGAGUGCAAGUGUCACGGGAUGUCCGGCUCGUGCACGGUGCGCACGUGCUGGAUGCGGCUGCCCACGCUCCGUGCGGUGGGCGACGUGCUGCGCGACCGCUUCGACGGCGCCUCCCGCGUCCUCUACGGCAACCGGGGCAGCAACCGCGCUUCGCGGGCGGAGUUGCUGCGCCUGGAGCCCGAAGACCCUGCACACAAGCCGCCCUCCCCCCACGAUCUCGUCUAUUUCGAGAAGUCGCCCAACUUCUGCACGUAUAGCGGACGCCUAGGUACCGCUGGCACAGCAGGGCGGGCAUGCAACAGCUCAUCGCCAGCGCUGGACGGCUGCGAGCUGCUCUGCUGUGGCCGGGGCCACCGCACGCGCACGCAGCGCGUCACCGAGCGCUGCAACUGCACCUUCCACUGGUGCUGCCACGUCAGCUGCCGCAACUGCACGCACACGCGCGUACUGCACGAGUGUCUGUGAGGCGCUGCGCGGACUCGCCCCUGGGAACAAUGUCCUGCAGCCUUCCCCAGACAGACUCGCUGGCACUCGAUACCCUGAUAUUCGCCCACCCCAGUACCUCCAGCCACAUUCCUGCGGUUCGUACGUGUCCCAUCUCUCCCACCUCCUUCUACCUGGGGACUCCUCAAACCACUUGCCUGGGGCAGCACGAACCCUCUUGCCAUCUUGAGGGACCUGCCCCGACCUACCUCCCUCCCUCUCCGCGGGAGACCCCUUGUUGCACUGCCCCCUACUUGGCCAGGAGGUGAGAGAAGGUUUCGUCCCCUCCCCCAUGGGGUCAGCUCCUGACGGUGUGGGGCUCCCUGAUACACUGCUCCUCCGACCUCUCUCCCUCUCUCCUUCCUCUUUGUCUUCCGUUUUGCAGGCCCCUUCCCAUUCUCCAGCCAAGGGUGCAGACCUUGAGCACACUCCUGGGUAUUAGGACCUUUUUCCUCUCCACCUGCAGGAGGUUCCAGGGUGGAAGGGCAGCUGUGGUGAUAUGGAAAAUGAGGUUGGGGAACCCAGCAGAAAACCCCCCAUUCUCCCAGCCUCUGUCAUGCAGCCAUUGAACAGCUGUGAGCCAUGCCUCCCUCGGCUGCCUCCUACCCCUUCCUGUCCUGCCUCCUCAUCAGUGUGUAAAUAAUUUGCACUGAAACGUGGAUACAAAACCACGAGUUUGGUUGUUGUAAAUAAAACUAUUUAUUGUGCUGGGUUCCAGCCUGGUUUGCAGAGACCACCUUCACCCCAACCCAUUCCCUCUCCAUUCUUCUCUCAUUUUGCCCUCCAACCUUUUCUCUACCUGUUUCUAAAAGAUGUCUUUGCCUACGGGGAUCAGUAUUUCCUUCCACUGUAGCUAUUAGUGGCUCCUCGCCCCCACCAAUGUAGUAUCUUCCUCUGCAGAAUAAAAUCUCUAUUUUUA